GCCAACGAUUAGUGGAAAGCUUUUCCUGGAACUGAAUAAACUUAUUAACUGGGACGAUAAGCUAAAUAUGUUUGUAAAACUUCUUCCUCCGUUAUAUAUGAAAUUCUCUGCCGAAUCUAUGAAGUCUCUAUGUUUAACAAUUUACAAACACGUGCAAGCAUUAUAUAAGUAUAACAUAACGGAAUUACCGAAAAUUACGUCACCCGUAAUACUUCUUAAGCCAACCACAAUGUCGCUGAAUUUUCCUCAUGAGGAUUAUGACCUCCAUAAGAUUACCACUGGAAAUGUGCAGGUGCAUUAUAUCAAAGGAAAUCACUCUUCGAUAUUAUACAGCGACAAAGUUGUAGCUACUAUCAAUGGGCAAUAUAUUGAUACAAUAUAUUGAUAUAUUAA